UCUUUUCCUCUCCUCUCCCUUCCUCUCCCACGCCCCGCAAGCACCGCACAUGAUCAUGAUGCUCGCUCAACGCCUUCCUGUUGCUCCCCACGCCUGGCACCGCUUCAUGGCGCCGACAUGUUCCCGCGUGCGCUGCUUCUCGGGGACAUCAGCCGCCCUGAGCACGGGUACGGGUAGUUCGACAGAGGCCGCCACAGUCAAUCGACUGGGUGUCGUAGGCGCGGGACAGAUGGGCUUGGGCAUUGCCCUCGUAGCUGCCCGCGCUGCUCAAGUGCCCGUCACUCUCGUUGACACCUCGCAAGCCUCCUUGGACAAGGGGCUCGCCUUUGCCGACAAGUUGCUCGCCAAAGAUGUCUCCAAGCAGAAGAUCUCGCGCGAGGAUGCCGAUGCGGUGCGCGGCCGCAUCACUGCCACCACCAAAAUGGACACGCUGAGCAACGUCGACAUGGUCAUUGAAGCGGUGCCUGAGGUGGUCCAGCUCAAGACGAGCAUCUUUGCCGAGCUCGCUGCGACCUGUCCCGCCCAUGCCAUUCUGGCCACUAAUACCUCUUCUAUAUCGAUUACCAGAAUUGCUGCCGCCACUACCAAGGACCCAACCGAUCUCAGUGCCUCUUCUCGCGUCAUCUCAACCCACUUCAUGAACCCUGUCCCCGUCCAAAAGGGCGUCGAGAUUAUCUCCGGCCUCCAAACCUCUCCCUCCACCCUCGCUACUGCCUUGGAAUUCUGCCGCCGUAUGGGCAAAGUUCCCUCCACCUCUGCCGACUCCCCGGGCUUUCUCGCCAACCGUAUUCUCAUGCCCUACAUCAAUGAGGCCAUUAUCUGUCUAGAGACUGGCGUGGGCGAUGAAGCCGGAAUCGAUAGUAUCAUGAAGAACGGGACCAAUGUCCCUAUGGGCCCGUUACAGUUGGCAGACUUCAUUGGAUUGGAUACGUGCCUGAGUAUCAUGGAGGUUCUACACAAGGAGCUGGGUGACAGCAAGUAUCGACCUGCAGUCAGACUGCGGCUGAUGGUUGAUGCAGGCUGGCUAGGGAAGAAGAGCGGCAAGGGCUUUUACACGUACUAGGCGAAGAAGCCGAGCGGUUUGGUGCAGUGCAGCCCGGCAGCAGAAGGGGCGGAGAGGGUGACGUAGAUGAUGAAAGAGAGCGUGAAACGUCGAGGGGCAGAUCGUGUUGUGCUCCCUGACGGACGACGAGGGAGAUGAAAAUGGACGAAUGAAAGAGCUUGGAAAUCGUCUGACACAGCUUCUAUACGUGCAUCUCCGCACAUGCAACAUGCGCCUUAAACGCCUUUCCCACGACGUGCAGAAAGUGGGUGCGGUACUAUCCGGGACCUAUUCUUCCACAGCACCAACCCAGUCUCCCCCGUCUCAUCCCACACUUGUCCACCACUCACACUGCAACGCGGAUCCAGCUUGCUCUGCCACGGAAUUCGUAUCCAUGACUUCAAUCCAACAUAGGUACUCUCACUCACCCUUCACAUCAUCAUUCAUGUGUGUACCCUGCACGCUAUGGCCCGAUGGCGUGAGCUUGGCCCUCUCGGAUUCCUGUAAUGGCUCCAUCAGAUGACAUGGUACGCGUCAGCCGCCAUAUCACUCCCACAUUAAUCCUCUUGCCGAAGGAACACAUCCUUCGAACACAUCUUCGACCCCCCCAAAAAAAGCAAGUACAGUACCGAAUUGUCAAGCAAGACCGCAAGCAGUAGCAGCAGCAGCAGCAGCAGAAAUGUCAUCUCUCUUCAGCUGUUGGGGUGCACUGAGCCACUGCAUUCUUCCCCAAGACAUGCACAAUCACCAUGAUAGUAUCAACGAGUCUUCUGCCCUUUUGUACAACCACCACCACUACAACAACAAUAACAAGAAGAAGAGAUCAUCCUCCUCCUCCGUUCCCCUACCCCACUUCUCCUCGGACGAACCAGAAAAGAAUCAUCCUCCUUACCCUCUUCCCACCAGACCUACGCAAAAGAAAGAAGGUUGGUGGUGUAUCGAAGUUCAGCAAAAGGAGAGAGGGGAGGAGGUAUUGGAGAAUGACGAUGAUGACGAUGAUGCUGAUGGCGGCGAGAGAAGAAGAAGGAGAAGAGAGGAGAAGAUGAAGACGAAGAUUAAAAUGAAAAUCAAAGAGAAGGAGAAGAACAAGAACAAGAAGGUCAAGGUGAAAAAGGCGUGUGAUGAUUCUCCUUCACCGCUGCAGUUACUACAUGUACCUUCUUCUUCUCCGGUGUUGUGGCCAGGAGGGAGAAGUUUGGAAUUGGGUGAGAUUUCGAGGGUGAUGAUGAUGGGGAGUCGGUAGAUUUUUUUUGACGGGGAGGUUUGUCUCAACUUUGAAAUGGGGUUUUGGGGAUUGAUGAUGAUGACGAUGAUGAUGACAAUGAUGACAAUGAUGACAAUGAUGAUGAUGAGAAGGAUGAUUUGGAAGUUCUGACAGGUGAAUUCGAAAGUUCCUCGUUGUUUGGGUUACAGGUACAUGUAUCGGCAACCUGAGGUUUGUCAUUUUUGAUAAAGUAGUCGAUGUGGCUGGCCCGUCUAGCAUGGAAGUCAAGUACCUCCUAGGUAUUGCGGAACAACAAGAAUGGAAAGGAGAAAGAACAAGGCUGCUAUAACAUGAAAAUAAAUCGCUGGUCGUCUUCAUCUGCCUUUCUUUUCUUUCUGCAUAGAACAGCUCACAUGAUGUAUGGAGGAAAAGAAGCAAAA